UUCAAACAAAAAGCUCAACGAAAACUCGCGACCGACUUUCAAGAGAUCAGUUCACCUUUUUCUACUCUGCAUUCCGCUUGUUUUCUCAACGCAUAUCUACGAAAAGCUUUUUGGGCUGCUGCGGAUACCUUCUGCAAACUUGUUGCGCGGAGUGCGGAGUUGCUAAAACUUCAGAAUUUGUCACGCUCGCUCGCAUUCUGCCCGCCAGUGUGGCUGUACAAACCCAUUUCCUGCUGCCUUCUUAUACCAGGAGUAUUGAUACAAGCUCCUUGCAGCGUACCGUAUCAAAUUACCUGUGUAGGGCCCAUUGCCGAAGGUAUUCCGGCGUGCACGCCCGCUCAUUGACAGACCACCUGGGACAAGAAUGGCGGACGUCGUGACCGGCAGCGAGUCGGAACUCGUGACGACAAUGGACGGGAACCAAGAUGCAACAGAUUCUGAUGCCGAGUUGGCCCGACUGAAAGAAGAGGCGGGAGAGCUCUCCGACGACGAGGAUGACGACGAGAACGACGAGGAUCUUCUGACUGGCAACUCACUCCCUCAAACUCAGAAGCAAGAAGGCUCACCACACACUCCGGAUCGAAGAGAACAGCAGCCAACAAUGCCGAUCCACUCACCACCCCCGCAAUCACCAUCACCGUCACUCGUCGAGCUAGAGACAGCCGCAAAGUCCAGUAAACGUAUUAAGCAAGAUCGAAGUAAGCCAGGAAACUCACGAUCUACGGAAAUAGGACCUGAAGAUGAUGAACACGAGGUCUUCCGAAAAGAGGCGCUGAAGGCGCUGACAGAUAUUGAACACGAAUUUGCAAGAUUUCGAGAAAAAAUGUAUCAGGAGAAAAUCGCGGAACUGGAGCGAGAGGACGCCGCAAUACGAAAUGGCACCCACCCGGUCUUAGUAAGUCAAAUGCGACACAUCGAGCAAAAGAGGGUGGAUAGGUUGAAUGCAGCGGAGGCGCGGCUUCGAUUGGAGCGAAUAAGUUUCCAAAGGCAAUUCGAAGCUGCUGUUUCGCAAGCGAGAACCGAUUUUAUUUGUAAGAGAGGGGAACUUAGAAGACAAAUGAUAGCAGAGAUUGAGCAUAAGCGAUGGAAGAUGUACGAUGAAAAGCGCAAGCUGGAGUCGUCAGAUUCAGGGCACCCGUCGUCUACAGUUCCUGACAGGGCAGCGUGCGUAAAGCGACGAAAGGCGCUCAAAGCAGAGUUGAGCGAAUGGAGAGCGAUUAUAGCCAGCGGUGGUUUUCCAGCUGCGACAAUAUCAGGUCUUUCAAAAAAUGAAAUAAAUGAAGACCUAGAAUCAAUAGGGGUAAGGUCGCCGAUUCAUCUCAUCGCUGCUGCAAGAUGCGCGAUGCAUAUGCUCAUAUUUGCAUCCCCUCAGAUUCAAACCGCUAGAUCGCAUAGUGGAGGACAGCUGCGGGACGCAGUAAAAAGCACGGGAUUCACAACGGCAAAGCAACUCCCGACAUUAGCACAUCAGCACCUCCAUCUGACAGCAUAACGGAAGCAAUGAAAAGAGCGAAUGACACGUCACCAUCAUACGAAGUUCGCUCAGAACUAGAACUGCUGCGAUACCAAGGCACUACUUUUCGAAGAAAUGAUAAGGCCUAUCUCUACGACAGUGGCUCGAAAUAUUCUGUAAAAAUCAUUGGAUUCACAUCAUCAGAGCUGCUCGUCCAGCGAACAGACGGAUCAAAAACAAAAAUACCCAUAGAACAGCUUGAGGACGGUCGCAUGCAACUCCAACCAAAGGGACAAGGGUAAAAUGGAAUAUGUAUCAUAUUCACAGCACACAACAAGGGGAACCACAGUAGAGGAUUUGUAAUAUAUGGAGAACGCUGAUUGACAAAACACAAUUGUGCCCACCAGGCAUAAUGAACGGCAGGAGAAUACUGUCAUAUCCACUCGUUACACGUUUAAGGGAGAUGGAAACAAUAUGUCCAUCAGAUUUGCCCAUGGGCCGCCAUGGUAGAUGUUUUUGAUUUGUGCAAUGGACUUGAUAGAUACAUAGUCGUCGCGUUCCUGAUCGUGGCUUUUCUCGUUGC